AUGUCUACGAUAGCUACAGGACGUCACAAGGACAGCACCACCGUGAAAGCGUUUGCAGGACAGAUCCACACUGCGUUGCGAUCCCCGACCCGUGCCGGUAUCAGGAUCGAUGGUGUCGAAUGCUCCCGUCUCUGGGUUCAGGGCGUUGUGGUCUCAACUACUGAAGGAGGUGGGGAGCACUGUUUACUGGAUGACGGCACUGGCGUCUUGCGACUGGAGCUACGGACUUACCUGAAAAACGUGCCUUCAGGGGUCGACGCUCGACCUAAACUGGGCGACUACAUCUUGGCGAUCGGCCCCAUGCAGAAGGUUAAAGCAGGUGCUGACUUGGCGAUGCGUGCGAUGCUGGCACAUCAGGUGAUCAAGUUGGAUGCCAAGCAGCAACGCGAGCCCAUGUGGUACCUGGAAGUGAUCGAAUACUGGACGUCAGUUGUCCGAAGCUCCGCGACUGCUUCGACAUCCAAGUAG